UACAUGUUUAAUGGGUCGAUCGCAAAUGAAUUGAUCCGUUAGGAUAGAGUGAUCAAGCUGGUCUGGCAGUCGAACCAGGGAGGGCCGAACCAAACGACAGAAGCUCGUCGGACGAGUCGAAGCCUAUUCGUUGCCGGCAUCGCCUCCGGUAACCCUAGUGGACUCCCCGACUUCAACCCAGGCGAUCCUUCUUCUCCUAUUUCUUCAGCGCGCGUUGGUUCUAGAUUUUUGGAAAUUGCCACUUGAACUUAACAGAGCACCUGUAUUUUAUGAUGUUUUGUACAUGGCAUCAGCGAUAAUCUCUUAUUUGCAAAACUUAUGGCCAUUAUCAACAUUUAAGGCUGAUGAUCUGAAACUUUCCAAUAGACUAGUUCACAAACUUUCAAUCUCAGAUAAGACAAAGCAAUUUGUUUUUGCUGUGCGUGAACCUAAUUCUGAUGCUGUAGUAUAUAUAUUAGCUGCACAGAACUUGUCACUACAAUCUGCCAUAGAUGCAGAUGAUCUGAUCAAAGAAGUUAAGCCUAAGGCUGUUGUGGCUCAGAUUUCCCCUUUGGUAGUGGCUGAUGUCCAAGAAGAAGAGAAAUGUCUAAAAAAUGGCCAAGCGAACCAUGUUCCAACCUCGUCAAUUGGGGUGCUUAAAAGAUGUUUCAUUGAAAAACUCAACAAGGAUCAUUAUGAAAGUGUUGCUGGGUGUCAGGUCUUGCAAGAGAUUUUUGGGGUUGGAUUUUAUGGCCACUUCUUGUCUGCAAAGAGAGCUGCAGAGGUUAUAGGUUCACAUUUUAUGUUACUGGAGUCACCAUACGACAAUAAUAAAGAUGCCCAUACUGAAGCAUCUCUAGACCACAACAAAGAUGGAAGUAGAAGCUUGGGAUUGUGCAUUCAACCAAGCAACUUGCUACCUGCAAAAGUUACUUCAACAGCAUAUGCUAAUUCUAAAAGAUUCUGCUUAGAGAAUACAAUUAAGUCACAGGUGGCUAAGAUGGUGACUCCAUUUCCUGAUUUAGCAAUCUCAAUAGGAGGUCAACCUAGCCAUAACUUUGAAGAAGGAUCAGAAAAUUAUCCGCCAAAGUUAGACUACAAAGUGCCUGCAUUUGCACAGUCUUUCUACCCUUUGUUUGCAGAUCUACAUGACAUAUUCAUCGACCUCCCAUCUGUUGGAAAAGCUAUGGUUUCUGUACAGAUAAUGCUUGCUGAUAUUAAUGAGGGAAGGCCAGUUGAUACUAAAACCUUAUCAAAUGUAUACAGCUUCAGAAUUGCAGUUGAGGGCUUAAGGAUAGCGUUAAAUGAUGCCGCACGAUGUCCAAUGGAAAGAAGAGAGAAAGUCCAUCCUAAUGAAUUGGAUUUUUUUGAUCUCUCAUUGGAAGAGAAAUCCCAUGUUCUUUUUGCACACGCUUUGAGGAACCAGGCAAGAAAGUUUGGAACUGUGGUGGCUAUAGUAGAUACACGUUGCUUGGCUGGUCUGCGUAAGCACUGGCAGACACCUGUGCCUCCCAAGGUGGUAGACUCAACUGAUUUAUCUUGUACUGAUUAUUAUGGUGAUAAUCUUGAACAUGAAAAGGUGAUAGAAAACAUGAAAGGGAAGGGUCUUCUGGCAGAUAAGCCUGUAGUGGCAGUUGGUGCUGGAGCUACAGCAGUUCUUGGUGCAUCUUCAUUGUCUAAAGCUGUUCCUGCAUCCACAUUAAUUAAAUUCGCCACUUAUAAGGUUCCUGCUGCUUUCAAAUUAGGCUUAGCACAACUGCAAAGAACAGCGACUAUGAGCCUCAGUAACCUCGUGAAUCCCUUUGCACAAGGACUUGCCAGUGCAGGAGCCAAAUACUCCGCUAUGAAGUUGACAGCAUCAGCAUCAAAAAUUCGUGCUGUGACACACACUAUGAUAGCAUCAGCUGAAAGAACAAGCUUGUUUGCUAUGAGGACUUCAUUUUAUGAAAUUAUGAGGAACAGAGGUGUUCGACCUAUUGGGUUUACUCCAUUGGCUACCUUUGGUUGCAGCAUGCUUGCAUGCACUGGGCUUCUAGCUUAUGGGGAUGGGAUCGAAUGUGCUGCUGAGUCACUUCCAUCUGUUCCAAUGAUUGCGUCUUUAGGUCGUGGUCUUCAAAGCUUGCAUCAAGCAUCCAGGGAAGCGACACAAACAAAUGGAACCAAAAUACAAGAUGCUUUACAAACUCUGGUGCAGAACUUGAAGAAGAUGUGAACACAAUGAAUAAACUUGAGAUAUUUCGUGGCUUUUUGGUUCAUAUAAUAAGUGCACAUGAAAUAAAGUGUUUUUUUUUAAAUUCUUCUGCAGAAACUUUGACUUCUAUAUAGCCUGUUGUGUCUUCAGUAAUGUUAGCCUCUUCCAGCAAAAGUAAAAUGUAAUGCUUGUGGAAGUGUAGGUAGCAGAAACCAAGUCUAGGAUGCAUAAGUUGCUGGGAAUUAUCACUAAUGGAACUUUGGCCAGCACAGAUUCUUCUGUAAAUCUUUUUUCUUUA